AUGGAUGGCGUGGAAAGUGACGGAGCAACAAGCGGAUUGACCACCAUGACAGAAGGAACAACGGUCCUAGCCUCGAACGGACAGGCAGGCAAAAAGGACAAAAAGAUGCAGAAAGCCAAGUCCCCAAGGCGAUUUGGGAGGCGAGCUAAGUCCGCCGACCGGGAGACGCGUCCUGACACACCAACGACGUCUAAUGCCGCGAUGCUGGAGUCAGACAUAGCUGUCGUGGCGCUGCCAUCCAGGAACAAUUCUCAGAAAAGAAACAUAAGCAGACUCUUUCGACGGUCGUCGCCAUCUAUGAAACGGUCGCGAUCUCUGAGUGGAACCAGGUCUCACAAGCGACGCAGCAAAUCUAGCGAACGCUGCAAAACGGACAGUGUUGUUGUUGUUGGAAGCGAUGUGGAGGUCUCUUACAGAACGUUUGAUCCGCACAGAAAGCCCAGGGGCAGGUUAAGAAAGAUGACCGUUCACGAGGCCAGGGAGGAGCAGAAACAGAGACUGUUAGAUUCUGUUAAUCAGCUCCCAAUAUUCGCGGACAAAACCGACGGUGAAUUUGACUCAGCAAACUUUGGUGCGUUCCGAUCACGUUCGGGGACAUCUUCAUCUAUGCCCGACAUUCGCAAAUGUCACCAGACUGGCAUUGAAGAAACUGUAGAAGGGAAAGGUGAUAAAACUCCAAGUGAAAAAUCCCCAAAAGUUAAAUCCAGUUCAGUUAUAUUAUCAAAGGAAUCAUGCACAUCUCAGAAUAUUGGUGAAUUAACUCCCUCUGUCAACAAGACAGUGAAUACCACGGGAAAAGGAGGAGGCAGAUCUGUUCCCACGUCACCAGAACCUAAGGCAUACAAAGGGAACAAUAAUCAUUCCGACAAUAAAACGGUACGUACUGAUAAAACUAGACAAAAAUCUGAGACAGAGAAAAACAACAACAAGAACAAAAACAACAAAACAAGACGCUUUGGUCUCAACAAUAGGAAAACAAAACAAAAGACUUCAAUUCACCAAAGAGAUUCCGAUGUACAGAAAUUCCAGGAUGAAGGUGAAAAGGUUGAUUGGAAUGUUACCAGUGAAGAUGUCAGUGAGAGAAGGAGACAGUCUCGCGCAACUUUCCUGGCUCUCAGUAAAACGCCAUCAAUUGAUUCAACAUCUAGUGAUAUACGCGAUGGCAUUGAUGUUUCUAGUACUGCUGGUAGGGUAUGCGCUAAUGUCCCCCCACCAUCCAAAAGUGAAGCACCGAGAGCUAGAUGGGACGAUAUUUUCAGGAGAUCUACUCCUGAGAAGUACAAAUCUCCUCGUUCGUUUGGCCGAAGCGUGUCUAGCCAUGAGGAAACACAUGGUCCAGGGGACACCUGUGAACCUCAAGCUAGGGAACAAUCAAAACGGUCUCGAUCGGAAAGCGGACACAGGAAGAAAGGGAGCACGAAAAGCUCAGAAAGCAAGCCAAACAGUCCCUCGCCGGGUAAGAGUAAAUCAGGGAAAUACAACAGGACUUUUUCUCCGACAAGAAAACAAAAUGAAGACGAUAUGUCAGCGGAUAAUGCAUGUCCAGUGGCGUCAGCAAAUAAAUCAGACACCGAAUGUAAUGAAACUCUCAGUGCUGAGGCUGAGAGUGUGGAUUCAAUGUCAAACUCCCCCGUCGGUAGAAUAAAUUGUACCGUGGAGAAAUCAGCCCAAUCUUGUCCAAACUCCACCACACUGCCUCAUGGCGCGCCUAGGGAAGAAUUACUAUCCGACAGCGUCAGUCCACAACGCAACUGCACUGAAACAAUUCUAGCUAACGCGGACCAGACCAAGGCCCGAUCUAAUUGGGACAAGAUAAAAUGUAAAGUUGUUAUAGAAGCGACAGGGGAUCGUGAUAGUGUGGAACGUGAUCCUGUUGAAGAAUCGGCAGCGUGUGGUCCCUCGGCCAAAGCGACGUUAGCACCGUUCACACAGGCUUCUAAAGAUGCUGGCGAUCGGAAUCGAUUGUCCCCAGAACCUCGUUCAUCACAGAGCGAAGAAGAGGAAUUGUUCUACGACGCCAAGGACGUGUUGAGUGACGCCGCAGAGAAGCGGAGAAGCUCUGAGAGAUAUUCGCCCGUCCCUAGCAUUUCCGAGCAACAACGGGGCAGUUUGGUCACCGACGAUAUACCGUGUAUACAGGCAGCUCCUGACAGCUCUAGUACUAAGUCCGGAGUCGUAGAGGAAACCAAGAAAAGUAAUAAACUCUCAAUACGAGCGUUGGUGUUAGUGAAACGUCUGUCGCGCCGCAGCCGAAGUCUGAAAGUUAAGAAAAAGCCACAGACACAGAGGUCUUCGCUUCCAGAUGUGAGAAUAGAGGAUUAUGACGAUCAAACCAAAAGAGGAGACAGUCAUGAGAAGGAAUUCGUUGUGAUAGAAAAUGAAUGUGGCAAAAGCGAUAACUUAAACCCUUUUCCUUUCGGUGGUACUAGCGGCCCAGUUAUAGACGAUAGGGGAAUUCUGAAAAAGGAGCUACAGUUCGAACCCGUCGCUUCGGACGAACCUUUGCCGGGUGAAGAUGAUACCCCUCCAAAUUUGCCGGAUCUAGCGCGAAGACGCGAAAGUAAAUAUCAAAGGCUGGAAGACAGGCGCCGUGAAAUAGUGUCUUGCUGUAAACAGUUCAUUGCCGUCCUCUUUUCGCACAUCGGCUUGAUCUCUUCUGUCGUCGUCUACGCCAUCGUUGGAGGCUUCCUUUUCCAAUCUAUCGAGCGUCCCAAUGAAAUUAAGCACCAGAUAGAGAUCCGGGAAUCCCGUACCAGAAUAGUUUUGAACCUGUUGGAUAAUGCUUUACUGGUACAAACUAACAUGUUAGAAAAAUCGAAUUUUACGGAGAAUGCGGAACAGUUGUUGAAAAGUUUUCAAACGGAGAUUUACGUUGCUACAAAGGAAAAAGGAUGGGAUGGAAAGGACGAUUCGCUAGAAUCUGUAAAGCAAUGGUCCUUUGCAUCGUCACUGCUUUACGCAAUAACUGUAAUGACGACAAUAGGUUACGGUCACGUGGCCCCUAUCACCCCUCUGGGACGACUGGUUACGAUAGUUUACGCCGUCAUCGGCAUCCCUCUUACUCUCCUCUGCCUUACCAACAUGGGUGACCUGAUGGCUAAGGGAUUCCGGUUCCUCUAUGCCAGAAUCUGUUGUGGCCUGUGCUGUCGGCCCUUCCGGUGGCGGCCCAAACCACGACCUGAUCCGGAAAAGGGCGAAAUUCACGUGAUGUCUCAUAAAAAGGAAGAUAUAGAAGAGGAGAUACGUGUUCCGACCCUGCUCUGCGUUUUCAUGAUCGUUGGUUAUAUAUUCGCCGGAGCUUUUCUCUUCUCUUUAUGGGAGAACUGGGAUUACGUAACGGGCUCGUAUUUCUGCUUUAUUACUCUAAGUACGAUCGGGUUCGGUGACAUUGUACCAGGCAUGGAUAUACAGUCCUGGUCAAAACAAGAGAAGCUGGCAUUGUGUACACUCUAUCUGGUCGUAGGCCUGGCUAUGCUGGCUAUGUGCUUCACGCUCGUACAAGAGGACGUCAAGGCAAAGUGUCGAUGGUUAGGCCAAAAAAUAGGAAUUCUAGAAAGAAACGAAAAGUGACACAGUGCGGUGGCAUGAAUACGUUAUUAUGUGCCAGGAACGAAUCCCUGUUCCACACCCACACGGAGUAGCCUUCCCUUACAAUGCACUGACCAUGCAUUCUCUUGUCACAGAGUAUACCAUCUCCAGACGUUCUCUACAAUAUCCACGUGUGGUCGACGUUUCUAGGUUUUGCUGUAUGGUGUGAAUCCGAGUGCUUUCUUAUGAUGUGGGUGUGGCAUUUCUAGGAGUCCCGUUGACCAUGCAUGGAUAUAGACAGGCCAUCCACAGAGGCCCGGCGCGGGUUAUUCCUGGCUGAGACCGGGCGGUGACCCAGCGGGGACUGAG